ACUCUAUAUAGGAUUAUUUCUUUUUUUGGUAGCAACAACCAGUUGGUAAAUAACAACUCCAUAUUAAUUUCUCAUAGACUCGUAAUUCCAAGUUUUAUUGAAGAUCUUUGAGAUCAAUUCUUUAAAGAAAAAUAUGGGGACUUAUUUGAUCACUCUAGUUGGCUUCUUGUUUGUGAUAUUUUCUUAUGGAGCUGCUUAUGAUCCAUUGGAUCCCAAUGGGAAUAUCACCAUUAAAUGGGAUGUAAUGUCUUGGACUCCUGAUGGCUAUGUUGCUGUUGUAACGAUGAACAAUUUCCAAAUGUACCGGCACAUCAUGACCCCUGGCUGGACAUUGGGAUGGACAUGGGCAAAAAAAGAAGUGAUUUGGACUAUGGUUGGUGCACAAGCCACAGAACAAGGUGACUGCUCCAAGUUCAAAGGAAAUGUUCCACAUUGUUGCAAGAAGACUCCCACUAUUGUAGAUAUGCUCCCAGGGGUGCCUUACAACCAACAAUUCACCAAUUGCUGCAAAGGUGGAGUUUUGGCUUCUUGGGGCCAAGAUCCUCAAGCUUCUGUCUCAGCUUUUCAAGUUAGUGUUGGCCAAGCUGGUACUUCAAACAAGACAGUUAAACUUCCCAAGAAUUUCACUUUGCUGGGCCCUGGACCUGGCUACACUUGUGGACCUGCAAAAAUUGUCCCUUCUACCAAAUUUUUCACACCUGAUCUUAGAAGGAAAACUCAGGCACUGAUGACAUGGAAUGUAACAUGCACAUACUCUCAGUUUAUAGCCCAAAAACACCCAAGUUGCUGCGUCUCCCUCUCAACUUUCUACAAUGAAACCAUCACCCCUUGUCCUUCUUGUGCUUGUGGUUGUGAGAACAAACACAAAUGCAUCAAGAGUGACUCUAAACUACUGAGUGUGGUGGGAAUAAACACUCCAAGGAAAGACAAUUCACCACUACUACAGUGCACACAUCAUAUGUGCCCUGUUAGAGUGCAUUGGCAUGUAAAGCUCAACUACAAGGACUACUGGAGAGUCAAGAUUACUAUUACCAACUUCAAUUACAGGGUCAAUCACACACAGUGGACUCUUGUUGCUCAACAUCCAAAUCUUAACAAUGUAACACAAGUUUUUAGCUUCGAUUACAAGCCUCUCGUUCCAUAUCAAUCGAUAAAUGACACAGGAAUGUUCUAUGGUAUGAAAUUCUAUAAUGACCUACUUAUGGAAGCAGGGCCAUCUGGAAAUGUUCAAUCAGAAGUGCUUCUCCAGAAGGACAAAGAUACUUUCACAUUU